CUUUCACAAGACCUGUACCCUUGAGACUCAGCACCAUCAUCAGGAAGGAAGAAAAAAAAACGUCCAAAUGGCGAGCGCGGAUGGAUUCCCUGCCAGUUUCUAUAGUGAGCCAGGUGUUCUUGGGCUUCUAUCUAACGGCAUCAGCGCCUUUCUAGUGCUUCUGCAGAACUUCCAUGGCUUCCACACUGGUAUCCUGGCACAGGGAGUAGAGGACAUCCUUGCAGGUGUACAGCUCAUCCUGAUUGGUGGCUUAUGCCAGCUUGUGGCUGGCUUCCUGUCCUUCCGCAAGUAUGACCACCUCGGUGGCACCGCCUUUGUCGGCUAUGCCGCGUUGUGGAUGAGCUACGGCGCCACGCGAAUCUUCCAGGGUGCUGUCACGCCCAUCUCCAAUAUCACAUCCAACGCCUCUGUAGUGACCGAAGAGACUUUUAACACAAGUGAAAUGGCCUUCAUGAUGAACACCAACCUAACUCUAGAGGUACCCGAGUUCUUUGUCGCCAAGUCAGCCGUCGCUGGGCUGCUCCCCUAUAUCAUCCUCUCCUUCAUCCUGGCAUUCUGUUCAGCCACCGUCAACUACAUCAUGCCCUUUGUAUUCGGGGCCAUCACUGGCACCCUGGUGUUCGAGGCGGUAGCCACCAUGUCCGGCCCCUGGGCCUUAGUGGUAGCCGGCGUCCUGGAGCUCCUCAUCCUUCUCUUUGCCAUCUACGGCUCGUCCGCCCUCCUCAUCAAAGGCCUGGCGCAGCGCUACAUCCUGAAGGGCUUUGGCAACCCGCUCUUCAACGUGCUCCUCCUGGGGACGACCAACACCGGCAGCUCGCAGAGCCUGGGCCAGGAGAAGAAGAAGAACACCAAGUAUGCCGAGCCCAUGGCGCUGGGCUACUUCUGCGACUGUGUGUCGCCGUUCCUCUUCGCCUUCUACGCCUUCCACUACUUCCCCUCUUUCGCCGUGGGCGCCGUGUGGAUUUCUAUCAACUCGGCCUCACAGCUGCUCUCCAGCUUCUACGGGUACCUUCGUCAAGACACCUACCACGCCGCCAAAUAUGGCCUCCACUGCACCUACUGGCUGGUGAAGGCCUGGGAGGAGUUUGUGGUGUCCAUGAUGAUCACGCAGGAAGAGGCAGCAUUCGGCCGGCAGGCAAUGGUGGGCGACUGGUUCUUCGUUGCGUCAGCCAUUGUCCUGUGCAUGGUCUGCCUGAAUAUGGACACCCUGGAGCUGUUACACAACCUCUUCUUCCUCCUGCUCACUGUCUCCACCAUCUCCCAGAUCCCGCUUGACGGCUACUACUACUUCUUCGGCGUGGCGUGCUCGCUCUUCACGGCGGUGUCGUUGUACGGCACGUUCGCCCGCCUCGUCAACUCCAUCGCGGAGAAGUCGCUCAUCCGCGUCGGCCCGCAGCCCAUUGCCACUGCCAAGCUGCAGGCGGCGCUUAGCGGCCUCAGCAGCUGCACUCGCGCCCUGGCGAAGAAGGAGUUCUCCGAGAGGACUCGCUGCCAGCUCCCAGACGCCCUCUUCUACUUCACCAAUGGGAUCGCUGCCCUCUCGGCCAUCCACGCCCAAGACCCGUCCCCAGCAUUCCUGCACAUGACUGUGGCUUGGGUCCUCAUCCCCGGUGCCAUCAUCCAGGUCUUCGUCAGCCGCCUGCAGGUCCAAGGGGGGAAGCGCUUCGGCUCAGUCAUUCCGUUCUUCUACGCGGCCGUCUGGGCCACCUGGACCUGGUACAGGUUUGCAGGACAUCUACUGCACAUCUUCCCUGGAAAUGCCCAAGGAUUCACAGCUGGGGCCGUGGCCUUUUUGGUUGUAAAUGGCUUCAUUAUGCUAAUGGCUGCAUAUGGGAAUCUGGUCCUGUUUGCCCUGACCAUCAUCAUGGAGGUCGUGUUGGUGUGUUUUCUGCUCUCCACCCUAGGGACUCUGCCCUACCGGCUGGAGAUUGCCAUGCUUGCCAUAUUUUCUAUUAUCUGUCUGUAUGGGGCUUUGGCAUCUCUUGUAAACUGUAUCUUCAACAAAAAUCUUAUUCCAAUGGGACCAGCUUUGCUCAAGAACAAGAAGAAGAAGGAAGCUGCCUCGGCCUCGAAGCCUCCCUGUCCCAUCCCAAGUUCUCGUCUGACGAGCGGGAUCAUGCAGAUCGCCAAAAUGCUGGACGAGGGCGGCGUCUGUGGAAUUCCCACCGAUACGGUCUACGCUUUGGCCGCUUCAUGCAAGAACCCUGCCGCCAUUGAGAGAAUUUACAACAUCAAAGACCGGCCAUCUGAGAAGCCAGUGUGCAUCUGUAUUGCUAAUGUGGAGCAGCUGGUCGCAGCCAAGCCGCCCUUCAGUCCUCUGCUCUGGGAGUUCAUGAGGAACGUCUACCCUGGGGGCAUUAGCUGCAUCAUUGCCAAGGGAGACUGGCUCUACAGACUCGGUGUGGGUGGAGCAUAUGACCGGGUCGGCACCAGGGAGAGCAUCAUGAUCCGCGUGCCCGACCACACUGUGACCAUGCACCUGUGCACCCUCACCGGGCCUAUCGCCAUCACGUCCGCCAACCCCAGUGGGGAGCCCGACAGCCUCCACCACGACAUGGUUGUCUCUCGCCUGGGUCACAAGCUACAGGGAGUUUUAUGUGAUGGAAACUCAGCUGAAACGGCUCCCUCCACAGUGGUCAACUGCCAGAAAAUCGAUGAAGGGAUCAUCACAUUUGUUAGAGAAGGCUGUGUUCCUACUGCCAAGGUUAGACAGAUAUUUGAGAAGGUGAAGAACAGCAUGGCAUGAAGCUCGUCACUACACUCACAACACAACACUAAAAUAAUUCUUUCUGGUUUUAUUUCUUCAGUGGGAUGCUUUUCUCUUGAGUGUAUUUGGUGGUGUUUACUUGCAAUUAUAGUUGUCUCAAUUUAGCAUGUGCUGGGCAUAUGUACUGAGUGCUAUUUGUCAUAUAUUACUAUUCUUCUGAGUGUUAUCAUGUAAUAUAACAGUUGCCAAAGAAAUUAAGGUGUAAUAUAGAUUGUGACAUAUGAGAUUAGGAUCUAAUAUAUGAUAUGCACCGCAUAUACCUAAGGAACAGGUAAUCAAUUCAAUUACCAGUUGGGCGUGCAAUAAUAAAUACACUGAAUGACUUUACAUUCAAGUUAUCUCAGCAUAUAUGUCUUAUAUGUAAGUAAUGUCUUAUUAUUAUGUUUUUGUGCUUUUAACAUCUCUAUUUAUUGCUGUUUUUUUCGGUGUAAUAAAACUAUUUGUAUGGAACGUUCCUGUGAAAUUAGUAAUAAUUUAUGAUAGAUAUGUCCUACAAGAUGUGGUCAGUCAGGUCCACAUCUGUUAUAAAGCAAAAUCUGUAACAGAGCUUUUCCAGACCAUAACCUGAGAGUGACCUCACGAAUGUGAAUGUUCAAUGCCCCAGGCUUAAUGUGUUACAGACGCCCUUUAUGAAGGCUUUCCAAUUAAUACAGUGAAUAAUGCAAUCCAAAGCUAGAUUCUAUGCACGGUACACGAUAUACUGUAUGCUUUUUUUUUAAGUGAAAUAAAUCUAUUGAAUAUG